AUGGGGAGCGAGGACUGGGCAGAGUUGCCGGUGUGGAAGAGCAUACAGGUGGGGAUGGUGAAGGGGGAAGGGGGAGAUUUAGGGGACGAGAGUGUAAUGGGUCCCUCGGCGCCCACUGCUACUGCUGCACGAUGUGUACUUGACUGCACACGGGCGAGUGCACAACAGCACACAACCGCACCUAACCCCUCCCUCUUCCCCACCUCCUCCACCCCUCGGCUGCUGCUUCUGCACGAUGUGUACUUGACUGCACACGGGGCGAGGUUCAACGCCACGCAUGCCGUUGACUACAACGCGUGGGCUCAGCUCAGCUCCACAUUCACUUACUACGGUGGUGGCCCUACCAUCAACUCCACCGUCCGCAGAGGAAAGGCCAGUCAGAGUAUAGAGUCUGCCGAGUCUGCCGAGUAUACGCAGGGGAAUGCCAAGUUUGUUGAUCGUGGGAGGGAUGGCGUUAGCAGGAAGAGGGAGGCGCUUGAGGAAGCAGCUGAGGAAGGUGGGGAGGAAGGUGUGGCAGGGGCAGCGGGAGCAGUGGGAGCAGCAGGGGCAGUAGGGGCAGCGUGGGGAGCAGAGGAGCAUGGAGAAACGGCGCUUGUGCCUGCUGAGUCAAGUCAAGGGACAGAGGAGCACAUGGAGCAAGAGAGGAUGCUCGGGAGCAUGGAGGUGCAUGAAGUGCAGGAGGGCAGCCUGUUCUUCGCAGAAAGGCUCUUUCUGCCACUGCACCAGCGCUGUGGGCGGCCCAGCAGGGCACUAUGGCAGCGCCUGCGCUCGCUGCAUCUGCUGCCCAAGCAGCCGCCCCCGCUUCUGCCACCACAUUCCACCAUCCUCUCCCCUCCCCCCACGCACUCUCAAGAUUUUUCAUCUGGGGCCGACUGGGUGGUAGUGGUGGGGGUGGAUGCCCCAUGGGACAUGCAUGAAGGCUCACCUGAAGAUUCACCUGAAGAGCGGCAACAGCAGCGGCAACAGGAAGGGAAACAGGACCAGCAGCAGCCGCAAAGGCAGCAGCAGGCGCAGCAGCAGCAGGCAACUGGAAGUAACUCAUCCAACUCUAGCCCUCCCGAACCCCGCCCGCGCCCGCUCGUGCACUCCUUGGAUCUGCUGCAGCGCCUGCAGCAAUGGGCCGGGCAGGGGCGGGUGGUGAAGUACCGGCAAGGCAGCAUGCGUGUGGGGGAGCGCAGGGCCCUGUUUGGGAGAGCUCGCCUGCUGGUGGCGGCUCAUGGCUCUGUGCUGCCCAAUAUGGUCUUCAUGCCCCCGGGAGCCACAGUCAUCGAGCUACGCGUAGCGAGCGAGGGAGAUCCGACCUUCCACCUUCUAGCCGACGCGUGCCGCCUCAACUACCACCUCUUCCUAGCCGGCGCCUCUUUCAGCCCCUACGAGCCUUCCCACCCGCUCAGCCUCGCCACGCAAAGGGUGCAGUUGCACCAACCACGGGUCCUGCUCCGAACACUCAGGGCAGCGGUGGUGCGUAUAAAGAGAGAAUGA